UUAUCGUUUAUUUAAUUCCUACUCGUUUCUUAUCAUUGAAUAAUAAUAGUAUAUAGUAUAUUAUUUCCUUACACGGAUUUAAAAUAAAAUUGCGAACCGAUCAUUUAUUCUCUUUGUUUUCUUCCAUCGUUAUAAAAACGGGUGGAGAUGGAUUUACCUUUUCAUCUCUAUAUAUUUCCGAAUUUGAAAUUUCUUCGCUCGUUCCCAUCAAUUUUCUCUGGAUUUUCCCUGAAAAAUAAGUAAUUAGUUAAUUUAAUUUUGUUAUGACUCUCCAAAUCAAGAAACUGGCGAAUUCGCCCUCUCGCUCCGGCAGAACUCUGCAGCGCUACAAUCAGGGAUUUCGUUUGGUUGUUGGAUGUAUACCAUACAGAAUAAAGCAGAGCAAGGAGAUUGAUGGGAGUUUGAUUGAGGAUUUGGAGGUGCUUUUAAUAAGCUCCCAGAAGAGUGCAAGCAUGAUGUUCCCUAAGGGUGGUUGGGAAGUCGACGAGGAAAUCGAAUUGGCAGCUUUAAGAGAGACGUUGGAGGAAGCUGGUGUGGUGGGAUCCCUCGAGCAUAAAUUGGGUGAAUGGAUAUUCAAGAGCAAACGGCAAGAAAAGUUUCACGAGGCGUCGAUGUUCUCGUUGCUGGUGACAGAGGAAUUAGAUGUAUGGCCAGAGAAAGAUGUCCGCCGACGCGUAUGGAUGAGGGUUGAUGAAGCCAGACAAGUGUGCGCGCGCUCAUGGAUGAAGGACGCGCUUGACGCCUUUCUAUGCCAACUUCAAACUUAAUUUGCUUUACACAAUUAAUAUUCUUUAAUUCUUUCAUUUUUUUUCCAUUUUCAUACUUUGGAGGUAAUUAAUUCUAGUUGUUUUGAAGCUUCCUUGGAAAGUCGUAUCAAUGUGAUGUUGGACUUGGACGCCAAUACUGAACGACCAAAUCCAUUUUCAACGCUUCAAUUUCGAUUUCUCUUCGUCUUUUUAUUUGCUGCACGCGUUAACAGCCAUGUUGCUAAACUAACUUCAAACACUAUCAACAAUUGUAAAAGGCAUGCAUCAAAUUAUAAAUGAAAUUUUGAUUAUUAUUGGGCCA